AAGAUGUGCAGUCAUGUAGGCUACAGUACGCGCUGUGUUGUUGUUGCGUAACGUGUUACGUUCCAAAGGAGGGAACCGUCAGAGGGCUCAGGAGCAGGAGAACGCCCUCGUGCCGCGCUGUGUGCUUUUUAGGAUUUUUAUGUUUACAUGUUGAUGUUAUUCGGAUAAAAUGGAUUUUGGUGAGCUAUUUGAUGAGCGAACAUUUUCAUUUUCGGACUUCCAGGAGUUUACGUUUCUACCCGGACACCAACAACUGGCAGACCGUGUUCGUAAGCGUUUAUACUACGGCCUUGAUCCGGAUACUUCGUUGGAUGCCCUGUCGUGCCCAGUAACAGACAUUGCUGUGGAGCUGCUCCAAAAAUCAGCACCAAGUCCAAUCCGCAAACUCCAGAAGAAAUAUGCUGCCCAUGUGGCCAGGGAAGCCUGCAUCUCACCCUGUGCAAUGAUGCUGGCCCUGGUGUACAUUGAGAGACUACGACACAGAAACCCUGAAUACCUGCAACAGAUAUCCUCCUCAGACCUCUUUCUGAUAUCCAUGAUGGUGGCCAGUAAGUACCUGUACGAUGAAGGUGAAGAGGAGGAGGUUUUUAAUGACGAAUGGGGAGCCGCUGGAAAGCUGGACGUGCAGACUGUCAACACCCUGGAGAUGAACUUCCUCAACGCCAUUGAGUGGAGCCUGUACACUGAACCCAGUGAGUUCUUUGACAUCCUGAAUCAACUAGAAGCAAGUAUUGCGGAGCGGCAAGGCUUAAAGCGUGGCUGGUUCACCUACACAGACCUGUGCGUGCUGUUGGAGCAGUCGUCAUGGCGACAGGCUCUGAUUGCCAUGUACCAGCACUUUACCAAGGUUGCCUGCAUGGUGGGUCUCCUGUACCUGACCAGCAUGGCCAGUCUGAUCGCCCUCUCUGCAGUGCUCCACCAGCUCAGCACCAGCUCCGCCCGCACCGCCCGCACCGCCCACCUCCCCGACACUCCCCUCGUCCCUGCGUCGUCCACAGGCCACUCCAACUGCUGUGUCCCGGACAACGAGAGUCAGGACCACCUCGACCCUUCCACCUUUGCCUCGCCUUUCACCAUCGUCUCCCACACGACCGCCCCGACCGACGCUAUUUCCCCGAACUUGGCGCUCUGUUUCUGGGACUCGCUCCUCUCCUCUCUGGCCUUCUCCGAUCCAACUGUACCUCCCUUGCCAGACCCCCAGGUCGAGUUCCCCUCAUCUCUGCUCAAGGUGGGCUGCACCGACCUGCACAGCCCGCUUCCGUGUCAAAACGCCUCCCUCGCCCACUGCAGCCACUGGCUCCCCUCUGCACUCCGGGGUCCCUGGCUUCCCCCUUCAGCCCUGCUCAGCGGCUCUCCUCUGGUCCCGGACCCCCACCAAAGCAGAUUGGUUCCCCUGUCGGGGCACAGGUGCUGCCUGCAAACUUCACUGCCCUUUGGGAAGGUCCCGACUCUGCUUGUCCCUGGCUAGGCAGGGGCGUGAGCAGCUUCUUCACAUUACUGAGGAGAGGCUUUACACAUAAUAAAAACCAGCGCAACCGCAUUUCUCCCCUCCCUGCUCCUUAUCUUCUAAACCAUAACACCUCCUUUUCAAUCUACGGCACUUAGGUGAAAGACAACCCACCUUUUAUAAAACGUUAAUGGCCCACAAGACGUUGUGGCCCACAAUUUUCAGUGAAUUCUUUUCAACAUUUUUGCCUGCAAGGCAACAGGCCCAGUCACGUGUCAGAACCCCUGUCAAAAUUAUGUCAAGUGUCCUAAUUGAUUAUGUUGAAUCAAGUUCACCCAGAAGCUUUGCAGCUCAGAGAUACUGCAGGAGGUAGAGAGCUCUAAGGCUCUGUCGACCAGUGUCUGUUCCGGUGUCGUAAGGAGCAAUGGUGGCUUUGCUGAGGUUGUUUGUGUCUUGUGUCGUGUGUGUGUGCGCUUCGCAUUGUUUGGUAUGCUUCUUGAGGCUUGGUUUGUUGUUUGAGCUGAAGGGACAUGAGGUGUUUGAGUGCUUGGCCAUUACUUUAGAGUGUCUUUGUUCAUUAAUCCAGUUUCACGGAGAAAGGCUUUGGCUUUGUGUGUGUGAGUGACUAGUAAUUAAAAAAAAAAAAAAGUUUAUUUUUUUUCAGCAUUGGUUUGGUCAUGGUGAUGAAUGAGAUCAGGUAGUGCUAAGAGAGUUUUCAUUAAAUUGGGCAUAAGUUUAUCUAAGGUGUUCGCCAAGGUCUGCCUUAACCCAGUUAAGCUAGUGGCAUAUUCAGUUAUAUUAAGCUAGCAUUGGAGUUGAAUCUUUUGCAGAAGGGAUGGUGUGUGAAUGAGUUUGCAGUGAAAGGCUAUUUUGAAAGUCUUUGUUCAAAAGGAUAAAAACAAAAAAUAGAAGAUCUCAAAAGAGACAGUCUGCUCAAACGAGUCACCAUUUUGUUUUCCAGUCACCCUCCAUAUAUACUUGCAAGCACUUGUAUGUGUGGUUGCUUAGAAACGUGAAAGACAACUUUGCUCAGUCUCAUAGAAAGUGAAGUCAAAGGAGAAGUACUGCUGCGUCAGAGUCGGAGUGGAGUGCGUUUAAAAAAUAAUAGAAUUACAUGGAAGUAGCAUGCAGAGCAGAGUUCAGAAUGUGCUGAUGUGCUACUGUGUGGUUGAGUCUGGUCAGCACUUCAUUCUGUAGCUAAGCUUUCCCGAAAAAUCUUCUUGGAAGGUCAUUUUAUGAAUGUGGAUGGUUCACAAGUUCAAACUUAAGUCCACUGUGUCGGCCUUUCAUGUGUGAGUAAUCUUCUUUCUCAACUGUGUCCGAGGCAAACAGGAGGACUUGCAAACUUGCAUUUUUCACAUAAAAUGGAUGUAUAGACAUGACAAAAAAAAACAUUAUUGAGAUUGGUCAGGAGGGGAGAAUAACUUGUUUACAAAAAAGUUUUUUUUUUUUCUAAUGAUUUUU